AUGAAUCAAGUUGAUGAUUAUGAUUAUUUCUGUCAUAGUUGUGAAGAUGUAAAAAGAACUAGUGAUGUUGAAAUUAUUUAUAAUGGUGAAAUAAAAUGUAAGGGUUGUAACAACGUAGGUUUUGUUGAGAAAAUCGAUGAAGAUGACCCUUUGAGUUUUCAUUCCAUACAUGUGAGUAGAGAUACAGGAGAAGGUCGAAGUGGACAUAAUAACAGAAAUAAUAAUAAUAAUAAUAGUGAUAGUAAUAAUAAUAUAAAUAAUAGACAUUAUAGUUAUAGAAAUAUGAACAAUUUUGGUUAUCGUGCGAAUAUUCCAACAAGAAGCCGAACAAAUUAUGAUAACAAUAAUAAUAAUAAUAAUAAUAAUAGUGGUAAUAAUAAUCACAACCAUAGUAGUAGUAGUAGUAAUAAUUAUAGUAGAAAUAGUCAUGUGAGAGGAGAACAUGAUAAUUUUUUUAAUGACUUUAUGUUAUUUAGAAAUAUGUAUCAACAAAUAUUUAAUCCUACAUUUCGAUCUGCUGAUGCAGAAGUGCAUUUCACAGCUGCUGUAGGUUCGUCAAACAAUUCUAAUGAUAUUAAUAGAAAUAAUAAUAAUAGAAAUAAUAAUAACAACAACGAUAACAAUAAUAACAACAACAAUAACAAUAAUAACAAUAAUAACAACAAUAAUGAAAAUAAUAAUGACCAUAAUAAUGAACAUAAUAAUAGCAAUGUGGGUAGUAGAAGUUCUAGUCGUAUUAAUGAAAAUAGAAACGAAAGUAAUACAAAUGAAACUAGCCAAAAUGAAAAUAGGAAUAGAAAUAUAUUUGGAAGAACCUAUAGUUAUAAUAGGAAUACAAGAAAUCCAAGAAUAAUAACAAGAGCUAUUGAUAUAACAAAUAUACCUUUUAAUACUCCAGGGCGUUUUAAUUUUCAUGAUUUAAUAGAUAACAUGUUUGCAAAUACAUUUGACAACAUAUCACUAGAUCAAGUAUUAACAAUAAUAAUGGAAAGCGAUCCAUCUCGAAAUGGUCCUCCACCAGCUUCAGAAGAAGUUAUUAAGAAUUUGAAAGUAGAAAAACUAACAGAAGAGAGAGCAAAAGAAUUAGAAUCAUGUGCAAUAUGUAGAGAGGAAUAUAAAGAAAAUGAUGAGGUUCAUAGAAUUACAGACAAUGAGAGAUGUAGACAUGUAUUUCAUUGUUCUUGUAUUAUUCCUUGGUUGAAAGAAAGAAAUUCAUGUCCUACAUGCAGAUUUGAGUUACCUACUGAUGAUCAGGAAUAUAAUUGUAAGAGGGAAGAAUUGAGGGAAAGAUUGAAUACUGAAAUGUCUAGAAAUAAUACUUACAAUAAUGAUAAUAAUAAUAAUAAUAAUGAUGAUGGAAGUAAUAAUAAUAAUAAUAAUAAUGAUGGCAGUAAUAAUAACAAUAAUAAUAACAAUAAUAAUAACAAUAACAAUAAUAAUAAUAAUAGUAACAAUAAUAAUAAUAGUCGUAGACAUAAUGUAGGCGAAACCAAUUAUAGUGCUUUGGGAGAUGACUACGAUAUUAAUAUAUUAGAUUCUUUUACAAAUGAACAAACCACUUCAAUACUACAACAAGUUUUUAACAGUUUUUUAUCAGGAAAUAAUGAUUCUUAUAGAAUAGACAGAAUUUAUUUAUCACCUGAUAAUUUUUUUACUCGCAGCAGUAAUAGAAAUAGAAGCAGUGUAAAUAUUAAUGAAGAAAAUCCAGAUGCUGUUCAAGUUGAAGAAACCCGCUCCGAAUAUAAUGAGUCAUAUGAAGAAAGGAAUGAAAAUAAUAGAAAGGACGAAAUAAAUAGGGAGGAAGGAAAUGAAGAAGAGAAAAGAAAUAAGAGGAAAAAAACAAAUGAUCAUGAUGAUAAUAAAGAUGUAUAUAAUAAUUCAAGUGGUAGUAGUAGUAGUAGUAACAAUAAUAAUAAGGGGAAUGAAAAAAAUGAAGGUAAUGAAGAUAUGUGUAAUGUGUCAAGUGGUAAUAAUAAUAGAAGUUCAUCAUCAAGACAGAAUAAUUAUAAUAGUAGAUAUCGUUAUAGUAAUUAUAGACGUAGUAAUAGACGUAAUAUGGAUCAAGAUUAUUUUAAUAUACAAGAUGACGAAGUAGAGGAAGAAAAUUAUUACUACUGCACACCUAAAAAUGAAACUAAUAAAAAUAAUAACAGAGGGCAAAGAAAUAAUGAUUCAGACAAUGUAAGAAAUAAUAAUGAUAAUAAUAAUAACAAUAAUAAUGAUGAUAAUAAUAACACAAGACGUAGGAAUAAUUAUUAUGAUAAUAAUACAUAUAACUCAUCAUAUUUACAUGAAAAUGUUUUUGAUACAUCGAAUGUGUAUGUAAUAAGUGAAAGAACAAAUUCGAAUGAUAGAAGCAACGAUAAUAACACAAGGACUAUAUCGCAGUUAUAUCUAACAGAUUUAAGUGAUGUUUUUGCCAAUAUAAAUUAUAGUUGUAAUUUUAAUAAUGAUCAUUAUAUUGUAAAUAAUGAUGAUGGUGGAAGAGGUGAUGGAAGAGGUGAUGGAAGAGAUGGUGGAAGAGAUGGUGGAAAUGAUGAAGGAGAAAAAAAUGCAAAUUCUGAACACGUUGAAUCUAAUAUAAAUGAUACAGGAUUAUCGUUAGGUGUCUCAAAAGAAAACAAAUUAAAUGAUAAGAAUGAAAAUAAAGUAAAAGAUAUAAGAGCAUCGUUUGAUAUAAAUACAGGUAAAUCAAGUACAACUAAAAAAAAUGAAAAGAGAUUAUAUGAAAGGGUUAAUAAUAAUACUUAUAGUAAUGCAAGUAAUAGUAACAAUAGCACAAGGAGAAGUCGAGAUAGUGAUAAUGAAAAAGAGGGAACUCGAAAAAAAUCAAGAAAUUAUAAAAAUGAAGAGGAAUACAGAAAAAGCAUUAAUGCUAAUAAGAAUAAUAAAAACAACAUCAUCAAUAAUAAUAAUAAUAAUAAUAAUGAUAAUAUUAAUGAAGAUAGAAGAAAUAGUAAUACAAGUAGUAGUUAUAAAUAUAAUAACAAUACAGACAAUACACAUAAUCACAACCCUUCUGAUGUUCUUAAUAAUAAUGAUUCAAACGAAGAACAAAGGAAUACUACCAGAAGACAAAGUACUGUCAAAAAAUAUCUAUUCGAUAAAUUAAAUUGGUUAAAAAGUUAUGAUAAUAAAGAUAAAAAAAAAAAUGAAAAAAAUAAAGAUGGAAGUAAUAAAACUGAUGAAAAUGAUACAGAACAUAAUCAAAAUGAUGAUAAUGCUGCAGGUAUGUCCAACGAAAAUAAUGAUGAUCAUAUAUAA